UGCUCACCAGCAGGGUCUCCUUUGAUGAUACGCCUCGCCACGCGAACCGGUCGCAUUCUCUUUACGCAUUUCUCAUCUUCGUUCUUCGACAUAUUUGGGUUGAUUUUCACGGAUGGCUCGCUGUUUUCCAUGACGGGACGCCUCACGCUGGAGACGCUCGGCAGACUUCGCUGUCGAGCCUCUUUGAGUUGGGUUCCAUGGCAGGAAGAACUCGAACGGCACGUCCGGUGCCUCACUUUCGAGGCGCCGUCGUCGGGCCGCUCCGCGAGACAUCCUCAACCCCACACCCGAACCUGAGUGCCCUGGUCUCACUACCUAGCACCUCGUCGAUGCGCUGGAGUUGCGUUCCACUGACGGUCUUUCCUUGUUUUAUUUCCUUACUUUUCCUACUUCUCUUUUCCUUAGGCUUACGCGUGUCACGAGUUGAUAUUUGUUCCGAUGGCUUCGCACUUGGUCAUUCACGCGUCGAGGCCCGCUUCUGGGGAGGUAUUUUCGGGGAGGGGACGACCACGAGAGAAAUCCUACUGCGAAGUUUCGGGAGCUGCAGAUACGGUCAGGCAACCGCACGUAGAGCUAAUAAGGAGGAGGGUGUCAUUUCAUUGGUUUUUGGUCUGAUUCGGUUGGUUGGGAAAUUGUUACUUCGACAUUUGCACUGAGGGGAUCUUGGGCCUGGUGAAGCACCACCACGGCUGCGCUCCUCAGCAACUAUCAGGGGCUCUUGGGAGCGGUCCAGCAAUGUCUUGAGAAGUCGACGGCCUCAUGUGGUUGCCUAUGGCAAACACGCAAGGUCGGUGGCCCACCUUAGGACAAUGGUGCUUGGACUCUCAACGCUGCGCUUCCAUCAUCGUCGAUCGUUAUUGGUCUGGCAAGCUCGCAUUUGGUGGAGGCGGGGCAUGGGUAGUUAUGG